AAUAGUUGUUGCUCCAUCACCAUGUUUUUAGCAAGACACUUGAGACCCAUAAAGCCCAGAGGCAUAGCAUCGCUAUAUCGAAACCUCUUUAUCCAGACAAUGGAAACCCCCAACGAGCACGCAUUAAAGUUUCUUCCUUCAAUGAAGAUCUUGAACGAGAACGAAACCAAAGAGUUUUUAAGUGGCAGAGAAGCGUCCGUGAGUCCACUAGCAGUGAAGCUCUUUAGCGUGGACGGAGUCAAGUCGAUUAUGUUCGGAUCGGACUUUAUUACCAUCGAGAAGCACAACAAUGAUUUGCACUGGGCGCUUUUAAAGCCUGAGAUAUUCUCGAUAUUAACAGAAUACUUGACCAAUGGAACCCCGAUUUUAAAUGAAGGUACCACGUUAAGCCCGGACAUGGAAAUCAAUGAGGAGGACGAUGAGGUGGUGUCGAUGAUCAAGGAGUUGAUUUUCACGCGGAUCCGUCCUGCCAUCCAGGAUGAUGGAGGAGAUAUUGAGUUUGUCAGCUUCGAUGAGGAAGACGGAAAAGUGAUGUUGAAGCUAAAGGGAGCGUGCCGGUCUUGUGACUCGUCGUCGGUGACGUUGAAGAACGGGAUCGAGAGUAUGUUGCAGUAUUAUAUUGAGGAGGUGCAGAGUGUGGAGCAGUUUGAUGAGGAGGAGGUGGAUGUAAGUAUGGAGGCGCCGGUGGUGGAGGCACCGCUUACGUUAAAGCCACGGGCCCGGGACGAGCCACCUACGUUGUAGGAUGUAUAUAGAUAAUAGGAGAAUAUGGC